AUGCUGGAGGACAAACCUGUUGCCCCGGGUGACGCCAGCCGCUUGCCCACGCUGCCGGCACUUCCAGCACUUUCUCCACGCCAGCGCCAGGGAGCCGGGGUCCCCCUGUCCGCCGGGGCUCCCCGGGGACGGGCGUGUCGCGGCCGGGCCACCCGCUCUCUGUGCCCCGUGCAGGUGCUGUCCCGCCUCGGGGUGGGUCCUGGCUGGCGCUUCGUGGACGUGCUGGGCUUCGAGGAUGAGGCGCUGCGCGCCGUGCCCAGCCCGGCCUGCGCGCUGCUGCUGCUGUUCCCGCUCACCGAGCAGCAUGAAAACUUCAGGAAGCAACAGACUGAGAAAAUAAAGGACCAGGAGAUCAGUUCCAAAGUGUAUUUCCUGAAGCAGACCGUCAGUAACUCCUGUGGGACAAUUGGUCUGAUACAUGCAGUUGCUAAUAACAAAGACAAAUUGAAACUUGAGGAGGGGUCUGCCCUGAAGAAGUUUCUUGAUGAAACAGCUGAUUUGUCUCCUGAAGAAAGAGCUAAGCAUUUGGCAAAUAAUAAGGCUAUCCAAGAAGUCCACAAUUCUGUUGCGCAAGAAGGACAAUGUCGGGUUGAGGACAACAGUGUGAACUUCCACUUCAUUCUUUUUGUCAACGUGGAUGGACACCUGUAUGAAUUGGAUGGCCGUAUGCCAUUUCCUGUAAACCAUGGCACAAGCUCUGAUGACUUGCUGUUGAAGGAUUCUGCUAAGAUCUGCAGACAAUUUACGGAACGUGAAAAAGGAGAAGUUCGUUUUUCUGCUGUGGCUUUCUGCAAGUCUGCUUAAGACUCUGAAGAGAUGCAAGGAAAACAGUUUAAUAGCACACCAGUAAAUGCAGUUUAAACUCCAGUGCUUCAGUACUUGUUAAACACAGCUGUUCUGGUAACUUAAAUUAUUUCCACCUUUUGCUAUACACAGAAGCAACAUCAGCUGAGCUUAUGCUAAAGGAUGAGCUCAAGUUUUAAUGUGAACGGUUUGGACACAUCAGAUAUCUUUAGACUCUUUUUUCACAUGUUAAGUAGAAAAUGCUUAACAGGGCUUGUUUGAUCUGUGUUAUGUUAAUUGAGUUGUUGGUUGAUAUUUCCUUGUCCUUAAUGAGAAUAAACUGUUCUGCUGGAAGACUAAAUGGA